CUGCGCAUGCGCUUAUGUAUGCGGACGACAUUGCGAGCUCCUGAUCGACAACUUUCAGUUCGCUUUCUCCCGUCAAACUUCACGGAGUGGUAACAAGACAACACGACCACGGCAACUGUUUGGUGACUUUGUUGUGCGCUUUCGUUCCGACAUGCUGCAGUUUCUGGCAGGCUUCACGUUGGGGAACGUCGUGGGGAUGUACCUGGCUCAAAACUAUGAUGUACCCAACAUUGCCAAGAAAAUAGAAGCCUUCAAGAAGGACGUGGAGGCAAAAAAGAAGCCGCCAGACUAAUGUCACAUGAGAUAAUGAGGGGAAGAAAGAAACUGGAAAUAUUUUGUUUUUAUUUAAAUGAUACGUUUGCAUACGUGGAAAAAAAAAAAAAGGAUGACUCUUUUACUGAAAAU